AUGGCUGCCAACAUGACGCCACUGAAGGUUGAGCCUCCAGAGGCAGAUGGAGCAAUACCUCCAGUACCCAGUGCCCCAGCCAUUGGACCACAAGGACAACCAUUUUGUGUUAAGUGUUCCAAGAAGGGUCUAACAUGUCCUGGGUAUGGUCCACGACUGCGGUGGGCCAACGGCAUCGCCGUCCGCGGGCAUCUCAAAGGUCGCACGACGCCAAACAUAGAGAAGCCCAUCAAAUCCAGUGCCUCUGUCAAAGGCUCGACAUCUCCCAGGUCUACCAGAUCAGCUGAGAGUGACAGCCUAGCCAGGACACCGUCAGUGGCAGACCCACUCGAGAAGUUGUUUCCCGACCUCCCAGAUGCAGCUACCAGAAGCCACCUGCUUCACCACUAUGACCGGAACAUCGCCGGACUCAUGGUGUGGAUUGAUUCUGAUAAGAACGAAUAUCGGCGUUUGGUCUUGCCGCUCGCAGAACGUCAGCCAGUGCUGCUGCUUGCAAUCCUUGCCGUUUCAGCACAGCACUUGACUGGUAUGACCAAGGUCGAGUCCCAUUUCCCAGCACGUGCGCGGGACGCUGCUGUCAACAUGAUAUCAACACAGAUUCGACAAGUAACAAGCCGCCUUGCUGCCGGAUAUGACCUGGAGAAGGAGAUAGACACAGACACUGCAGUUUGGAUGCUGGCCUCAAUGCUCACAUUAGCCAACUACGAAAUGGCCGAAUCAGAGGGAGGCGCUGUUGCAGCUGACUCCCAUCGUCAAGCCGCCCGUACUUUGGUGAAUGCUCUGGCCACCACCCACCGUGAGAAUAACGACCUGUUCAAUUUUCUCCGGAAUCAGCUCUCCAUCUAUGACAUUUUGGCGUGUACAACCUCAUUUGACCCGAUGAGCACAGGAGAUGUGAUACUCCCCGCGCCUGAUCACGCAAACCUCAUUUUCUCGGAAUUCUUGGCUCUCCUGCACCAAGUCACGAUAUUGUCACGUCAGGCGUACGAUCAAAGAACCGCAGGAGAUACCAUGUCCGGAAAGCCCCCAAUCUCUCCCAUCGAGGUCCGGGCCAGAUUCGACCUAGCUCGAGGUUCAACCCUCAUGGCUGCCGGCUCGUUCGAGCUGAUUCGCGACGAACGUCGGCGAGACUUCAUCCGCAUCGUCGACAUAUACCAUCAUGCGGGGCUGCUCUAUACUUACAGAUGUGUGUUUCGUGACGAAGUUCAAGCGCAAGAGGUCGACGCUUCUGCCACAAUUUUGUUCGAGCGACUGAGUCAGCUUGAAGACCGAUCCUCAUGCAUGCAGAAUCUGCCCUGGCCCAUGUUUAUUGCUGGAACUGAAUGCUGUGGUAAUCGUGAGGCCCAGAGCUUUAUAGCCGACUUGUAUGAGCACAUCGCCGCAGAUAUGGCAUUCAAGCACUAUCUUGAAGUGCUUCACUUCUUGAAAGAUCUCUGGGCUUUUGAAGGCGGCGAUUGGCUUCAAUUGGCACGACAGUACGGUGCCAGUGGAAAGCAAAUCCUGGCUGUUUGA